AUGGCUCGCACAAAACAAACUGCCAGAAAAUCAACAGGGGGUAAAGCUCCUAGAAAACAGUUGGCAACGAAAGCAGCAAGAAAAUCAGCUCCAGCAACAGGUGGAAUAAAAAAGCCGCAUCGUUUUCGACCUGGUACGGUUGCUCUUCGAGAAAUUCGUCGUUACCAAAAGUCGACGGAGUUGUUGAUCCGCAAAUUACCAUUUCAACGCUUGGUUCGUGAAAUUGCACAGGAUUUUAAAACGGAUUUGCGCUUUCAAUCGUCGGCAAUCAUGGCAUUACAAGAGGCAUGCGAAUCUUAUUUGGUUGGUCUAUUUGAAGAUACGAAUUUGUGUGCAAUUCACGCAAAACGUGUAACUAUCAUGCCCAAGGAUAUUCAAUUAGCGCGAAGAAUACGUGGUGAACGAGCUUAA